UUUAAUUCAAAAAUAAAAUUAAAAUUUUAAAUAGAAAGAAGUAAAGGGAGUUUGGAUCAUUUCAUUCUCUCGCAGAAACGUUUUUGCCUCCUCCGAAAAGGAGAGCCCUUUCUCUCUCCAAGUCCAAAGCUUGAGAUAGACUUUCUCUCUCUAAAGUCCAAAGCCAUCAACUUUUCGCUUCUGGGUAUUCAGGCCACGAAGAACACAAGCAGAAUUGUUAGAAUUGAAGGACCCAGACCGCCCUUCAUGGAUGAGUAUUCCGGUAAAAGAGCUAGUGAUGGACUUGUCUCUAGAAAGGGGCCUAGUCUUGUUUUGAGGGAAACUCCAAACAAAGAUCGUAAUGCUCAGGUCUGCAGCCGACUGGGAUGCAGUGGAAGACUGAAUUCUGUGAAAGGUGCUCAAAUUGAAAAGGCCAAAUCUUCAAAGCCUGCAUUCCGCUCUUCUUCAAAUGGUAAAGAGAUAGUUGGAAGUUCCUCUAGGUCUUGCAUUUCUGUUGGCAACUCAAGAAAAUCCGGUAGAGAACCUUGCAAAAAGCUAUCUUCUAAUUUGGAAACAGAUUCAUCUGAAACCAGCAGUGUUCAGGAUGAUCCAGAAGUGUCAGAAGUCACUCCUCCACCUGGAAAGAUUCAGAGAGGACUUCACCCUGAAUCUAAAAAUGGGGAGUCUAGUGAAGUCUCCUUGAUGGAAGUUGGAAGCUCCGAUGUAUCAUCAAAUACAAGAUCCCGGAGGAAUUUCAAUCAGAGAACUGGAUUGCGCAACCAAGAAACGUUAUUGGGUUCUUCUGUUCCUUUCGGAUAUAAAAACAACAACCAGACAACACGAUCUAGCACAACCAGGAAUGGCUUAAGAAAUCUAAGGUGCAAUUCAGUAUCUGAUGUUGUUCCGUCCAGUUGUUCAUCAUCAGACUCGAGCGUCAACAGGAGGGAGACCCUAAAGAAAAGAAUUUCUGAAGGAGAAAGUAGCUCAGCUGCUAAGGGGAAGAAGAUGAAUGGGUCAUCUUCUGGGCAAAACUCCAGUUCGAGCCAUGGAAUCUCAAUUGCUGAUUCAAGAAGAGGUAGAAAUAUACCUCCUAACAGGGAUAAUGGUGUUGCGUCAGUUAGGACUCGGAGAACUGUUACUGGUCACACAAGGGCUAGGAUUUCUAAUCAAGGAAGUGGAAACAAUAUGUCAAGCAAUGGAUCUUCUGCAGUUGGCCCUCAUAUGUCCCAACCUGAGAUGUCUAUCGAUAUGAAUGGUGCUAGUUCAUCACAACACUUAUCUUCUGAAGCUCCUUUAAAUCGGCCAAAUUCUUAUAGUAGACCAGGUAGUAGCAGUAGACCAGGUAGUGGCAGUGGGAGUUUACAUGGCAUGAUGCGAUCUGGUACUGCAGAUAUUGGUUUUUCCCGGUCUCUAAUGAAUCAGGAUGGUCAGCGACGCUACAACAUGGAUGGAAUUGCAGAGGUAUUGCUAGCACUGGAGAGGAUUGAACAAGAUGAAGAGCUAUCAUUUGAGCAAAUACUUGUUCUUGAGACCAAUUUGUUCCUGAAUGGCCUAAACUUCUAUGAUCAGCAUAGAGACAUGAGACUGGAUAUCGAUAACAUGUCAUAUGAGGAAUUGUUAGCAUUAGAAGAGAGAAUGGGUUCUGUAAGCACAGCAUUGCCAGAAGAAGCACUGACAGAUUGCAUUAAGAAAAGCAUCUAUCAGUCUGAACCUCCAGAGGAUGCAUCCAUAGGCUGUGAUAAUAAGGAUGAAGUCAAAUGCAGUAUCUGCCAGGAGGAAUAUGUGGCUGGAGACGAAGUUGGGAGGUUGCGGUGUGAGCAUAGUUAUCAUUUAGUCUGCGUAAAUCAAUGGCUGCGGGUUAAGAAUUGGUGCCCUAUAUGCAAGGCGGCAGUGGCUACAGCUGCGGCUGAACCCUCAUCACCAUCACCAUCAUCACCCUCAUCACCAUAUUCGACAUAAUUCAAUCGUUAAAAUCUUUUGGAGGAGAGGAGAGAGAGAGAGAGAGUGAGAGUGAGACAUUCCUCAUUGUACAAAACUUGCUUCUCCUCCCUUUUCUCUUCUGUUUUAGUUCUCAACCUCUUAAUGUACAGAUCAAUUGUCUUUCAUGUCAACUAGUUAAUAAACCCGAGCUGUUGGUGUUACAGCGGGUAACUCUGCACUCUUUGUGGAAUUGUGAAUACAUACAACAAAGUGGUGCUCUUCUUUCUA